CCGGCGUGCACCGACUGUGUACAAGUCAAGAUGGCGACCGAGGGUCAGUCCGAGUACGAGUCGAUCCUCUGUGUCAAACCUGAAGUCAACGUUUACCGUAUCCCACCGAGAGCAUCCAACCGGGCCAUCAGGGCUGCCGACUGGAAGCUGGAUGCUCCUGACUGGUCGGGACGCAUGCGCGUGACGGCCCGGGGCAAAGUGGCCUAUGUGAAACUGGAAGACAAAAUCUCUGGGGAGCUGUUUGCACAAGCACCAGUGGAAGAGUAUCCUGGCAUCGCAAUGGAAACAGUUAGUGACUCAAGCCGUUACUUUGUGCUCCGCAUCCAAGAUGACAAUGGCCGCAGUGCCUUUAUAGGCAUUGGCUUUGGAGACCGAGGCGAUGCUUUUGACUUCAAUGUUGCGCUCCAGGACCACUUCAAGUGGGUGAAACAAGAAACUGAAUUUAGCAAACAGGCGCAGGCUCCAGACUCCACUCCUAAACUGGACCUCGGCUUCAAAGAAGGACAGACCAUUACUCUCAAUAUUGGGCAAUCCAAAAAGAAGGACAGGUCUCGUCCCCAGAGUUCAGGUGGCUUUGGGCUUCUUCCACCUCCUCCUGGGGGCAAGUUAGCACCACCUCCUUCAUCCAGAUCUACCAAUCAUAACACACAACCACCUGCAGGAGGAAGUGACACUGGUUUUUUGCUUGACCUGGACUCUAGCAACUCCAACUCAGCGGCUCCAUCCAACUCCGCCACCACAGCCAGCUCUGACCUGUGGGGAGACUUUGACUCUGUAUCCUCGAAGUGAGGAGAGAUCCAUUUAGUUUGUGUCCCUCUUUAUCUCUCUGUAAAUGUAUGCAGAACUUUUUGCAACUUUGUUUUUUCCCGUGUUACGGGGUCCUGUAUCCCCCCCAUAGUAGUUUAUUUGAUUUAACUUCAGUUCUUCAUGGCUUUUCUUCUUAAUCAGAGACACAGCCAUUCUUCAAAGUCCAAUACGAAUUAGAGAGCUAUAGGCCAUCUCCACCAACCCUUCCCACCCUUCUUGUUGAUCCAUUUCCCUCUCUUCUUCUGUAUCGAGAGCUCUAGAGCUCUAGUUUGAAUUCUACAUUUGCCCCCUUUUCUCAUCCUCUUAAUGUUUUAUUUGCUCAUUUCUAUCAUAGAUUAUAAAUAAUAGAAUCAAGGCAGACAAAAUCAGAAUUAUCUGAUGGUGAAAUCUAAUAAAAUGUGACUAUGGAUGAAUUUUAUGUACAGAGAAUAUUUAUUUUAAAUGUAUAUAUUGUCGGUAGUUUGUAAUUAUUGUCAUUGGCGUUGUCACCUGUAGCUUAUAUUCCUCCAAGUCCCCAGCAGAGGGACUGACUAUAUGCACUGACUGGCAGUCUAGUCUGUCUAUGUAGUUAGUAAUGCAUAAAGUCUGCAUUUAAGGGAUCAGGGAUUGUUCAAAGCUUAGACUUAUAGUUAAAGUUUACCACGAGAUGAUUUUACUUGAAAGAAGCGUGUUAAGCUGUAGCUGAUUUUCAAUAUUCGUGCUCUCUAGCGCUCUCUUGUGGCUGUACAGCAUCAUUUAGAGAGACGUCCAAAUUGAGUUGCAGCUGUUGAACACAUAUUUCACUUGGGGACGAGUCCUGGGCACUGUGUGCACUGUUUUUAACUGUAGAGCAGUACAAAGAGUGAGAGGGAUGUGGGAAUGUUGGAUGCGAUUGGGUGUUACCAAAAGAAAGAGAAGCGUCAAGUGCUUUUAUCUCCGCCUCAAGGGGAAACAGAGAUGAUUUAGUCCAUGUUCUGUCAUCUCUAUUCGGCACAGCUGUUAAAGCUGUGACUGGUGAGUCAUUUAGGUCAUGACCUCUCUCUUGCUCAAUGAAUAGGUCUGUGUUUCAGUCAGUCAGGGGAGCACUUCAUCUCCUUAAUUCUUUUACGAGAAGGUGAUCAGGUCGUAGACCUCAUCCCGCAGCAUGUCGUACUGUACAAACAAGUUUUAACUGUGAUCUUCAAUUCCAUGUUACGAUGUGAUGUUAUUAAUGGUAUUCUGAUGCAGACACAUGCGACGUGGGACCAAGCUAGUCUGUGUUUUUAAAUGCAGUGUUUUGUUGUGAUAUUGUUCCGUACGGAGAGGCACCGAUAUCACACGCACAUGUUUUUGUGACGGUGAUAAGCGGCGUGAUGAUGGAUGUUGAUUGGAACACACAGAGACUGUGUGAGUGUAAAGCCCUAAGUAUGUUUGUCAGUGUUUGUUUACUGUUUAAAUUAUAUGCAUCUCUCCCAAAUGUUACUUGUUAUUCAAACUGUAUAUGUGUAUGGAAAUGUAUAUGCAAAGAAAAACAUAAAGAUCUCACUCAAUGA